GUUUUCUUUAAGGCCGGGCUGCUGGGGCUGCUGGAGGAGAUGCGCGAUGAGCGCCUGGCUCGCAUCAUGACCCGCCUGCAGGCCCAAGUUCGUGGCUUCCUCUCCCGGCAGGAGUUCAAAAAGAUCUUGGAGCGCCGGGACUCGCUGCUGGUCAUCCAGUGGAACAUCCGUGCUUUCAUGGGGGUGAAGAACUGGCCCUGGAUGAAGCUCUACUUUAAGAUCAAGCCCUUGCUGAAGAGCGCUGAGACUGAGAAGGAGAUGCAGACGAUGAAGGAGGAAUUCGGGCGCCUGAAGGAGGCCCUGGAGAAGUCAGAGGCGCGUCGGAAGGAGCUGGAGGAGAAGAUGGUGUCCAUGCUGCAGGAGAAGAACGACCUCCAGCUGCAAGUGCAGGCUGAGCAAGACAAUCUUGCUGACGCUGAGGAGCGCUGCGAUCAGCUGAUCAAGAACAAGAUCCAGCUGGAGGCCAAGGCGAAGGAGAUGUUGGAGAGGUUGGAGGAAGAGGAGGAGAUGAACGCCGAGCUGACGGCCAAGAAGAGGAAGCUGGAGGAUGAGUGUUCGGAGCUCAAGAAGGACAUCGACGACCUGGAGCUGUCGCUGGCCAAAGUGGAGAAGGAGAAACACGCCACCGAGAACAAGGUCAAGAACCUGACAGAGGAGAUGGCCGGGCUGGAUGAGACCAUUGUCAAGUUGACCAAGGAGAAAAAGGCCCUUCAGGAGUCUCACCAGCAAACGCUGGACGACCUGCAGGCUGAGGAGGACAAGGUCAACACCUUGACGAAGGCCAAAGUGAAGCUGGAGCAGCAAGUGGACGACCUUGAGAGCUCGCUGGAGCAGGAGAAGAAGAUCCGGAUGGACCUGGAAAGAGCCAAGAGAAAGCUGGAAGGGGAUUUGAAGCUGGCCCAGGAGAGCAUCAUGGACCUGGAGAAUGACAAGCAGCAGCUGGAGGAGAGGCUGAAAAAGAAAGACUUUGAGCUCAACGCUCUCAAUGCUCGAAUUGAGGAUGAACAAGCAAUUGCUGGCCAACUUCAGAAGAAGCUCAAAGAGCUGCAGGCACGAAUCGAGGAGCUGGAGGAGGAGCUGGAGGCGGAGCGGACGGGCCGGGCCAAGGUGGAGAAGCUGCGCUCGGAUCUGUCGCGGGAGCUGGAGGAGAUCAGCGAGCGGCUGGAGGAGGCGGGUGGAGCCACUUCGGUGCAGCUCGAGCUCAACAAGAAGAGGGAGGCUGAAUUCCAGAAGCUGCGGCGCGACCUGGAGGAGGCGACGCUGCAGCACGAGGCCACGGCCGCUGCGCUGCGCAAGAAGCACGCCGACAGCGUGGCUGAGCUGGGCGAGCAGCUGGACAACCUGCAGCGCGUCAAGCAGAAGCUGGAGAAGGAGAAGAGCGAGCUGAAGCUGGAGCUGGAUGACGUCAGCUCCAACAUGGAGCAGCUCAUCAAGGCCAAGGCCAACCUGGAGAAGAUGUGCCGCACCACGGAGGACCAGAUGAACGAGCACCGCAGCAAAUCGGAGGAGGCCCAACGCAUGGUUGCGGACCUCAGCACCCAGCGAGCCAAGCUCCAGACGGAGAACGGUGAGCUCUCAAGGCAGCUGGAGGAGAAGGAAGCCUUCAUCAACCAGCUGAUGCGUGGGAAACUCACCUACACCCAGCAGCUGGAGGACCUGAAGAGGCAGUUGGAGGAGGAAGCCAAGGCCAAGAAUGCGCUGGCCCACGCUCUGCAAUCAGCCCGGCACGACUGCGACCUGCUGAGGGAGCAGUACGAGGAGGAGACGGAGGCCAAGGCUGAGCUGCAGCGCGCCCUCUCCAAGGCCAACUCGGAGGUGGCCCAGUGGAGGACCAAGUACGAGACGGACGCCAUCCAACGCACCGAGGAGCUGGAGGAGGCCAAGAAGAAGCUGGCGCAGCGGCUGCAGGAAGCAGAGGAGGCGGUGGAGGCGGUCAACGCCAAGUGCUCCUCCUUGGAGAAGACCAAGCACCGGCUGCAGAACGAGAUCGAGGACCUGAUGGCCGACCUGGAGAGGUCCAACGCCGCGGCUGCCGCUCUGGAUAAGAAACAAAGGAACUUCGAUAAGAUCUUGUCGGAGUGGAAGCAGAAGUUCGAGGAGUCGCAGACGGAGCUGGAGGCGUCACAGAAGGAGUCGCGGUCCCUCAGCACUGAGCUCUUCAAGCUGAAGAAUGCCUACGAGGAGUCGCUGGAGCACCUGGAGACCUUCAAGAGGGAGAACAAGAACCUGCAAGAGGAGAUCUCGGAUCUGACGGAGCAGCUGGGAGCCAGCCACAAGACCAUCCAUGAGCUGGAGAAGGUCCGCAAGCAGCUGGACGCCGAGAAGCUGGAGCUGCAAGCGGCGCUGGAGGAGGCCGAGGCGUCCCUGGAACACGAGGAGGGGAAGAUCCUGAGGGCCCAGUUGGAGUUCAACCAAGUGAAGGCAGACUACGAGCGCAAGCUGGCGGAGAAGGAGGAGGAGAUGGAGCAAGCGAAGCGCAACCACCUGCGGGUCGUGGACUCGCUGCAGACGUCGCUGGACGCCGAGACGCGGAGCCGCAACGAGGCGCUGAGGCUGAAGAAGAAGAUGGAGGGCGACCUGAACGAGAUGGAGAUCCAGCUGAGCCACGCCAACCGCCUCGCGGCUGAGGCCCAGAAGCAAGUCAAGGCGCUGCAGGGAUCCCUCAAG